AUGUCUUUGACUCCCCCAUCUACUGGUUGCUUUGAAAGUCGUGAAGCUCUAAUCCAACAUGCCCAAUCUCAUGCCCUUAAUCAUGGAUAUGCUGUAUACAUUAAAAGAUCAGAACGAGAUAAAUUCGUUUAUCUGUACUGUGAUAGAGAUUGCCCUUUCGAACUUUAUGGAAAAAAAAAAAAUGAACAAUGGCAUUUGACAAUAAAGAAUGCAAUUCACAACUAUGAGUCGUCAGAAGACAUGUUUGGCCACCCAUCACAUCACAGAUUAAACUUAGAAGAACAGCAAAGAGUUCAUCAAAUAUCUGAAGCGGACUGCACGUAUAAAACUAAUAAGUUUAGAAUGCCGCUUCUUCACGGCGUUGGAAUGACAAGCUUUAAUACUACAUUCUCCUCCUGUUUCGCAUUCCUAAAAAAGUUGGCUCUAAUGCAUGCCAUAUACACCGUCUUUCCUGAAUCACAAAAUUUCUUGUGCAUAUGGCACAUUGAAAAAAAUGUGCUGUCUAAUUUCCGUCAGUAUCUUCCUACAAAAGAUGAAUUAAGAGAGUUUUUAAGAAGUUGGUCUGCCCUCAUAAAUUCUAAAUCAGAAGAAGAGUUUAAUGAAAAAUGGGAAAAACUGGUAAGGAAAUAUAAUGAGAAACCAUCAAUUACUAAAUAUCUACAGGAUGUAUGGCUACUAUUCAAGAAAUAUUUCGUAAGUCUUUGGACAGACCGUUACUUGCAUUUGGGCAAUUAUAGUCAACAAUUUAAUUCUUGGCUAGCUCACCAACAAACAACAGCUCUGAACGAAAUAUCAAGCUUGUUUCAAGAACCUGCUAUUGUUAUGCAAGACUCACAGGAACAACACACAAGGGGACGCCCAGUUGGUGCAAGGAAUGCACAAUCAUCUACCCGAAGAGACCUAUCUGCUUUUGAGUUAGCUGAACCGAGAAGAAGAAAAUGUGUGUUAUGUCAUAGAACUGGGCACAAUCGUAGAACAUGUCCUAAUAACAAUGAACAGAACUAA